AUGGCUGAGGCCAUCGAGAUCCCUUCUCCAUCCGUUUUCUUGCGAUCGUCUCCCCCUUCGACUGAAGAGCCCAAGGCAAAACAAGAUGUUCGACGGUCGGGUGCGGAGAAGAAAAAGACGGCACGAAAGAGCAGUGCAGUCGCCGGUGAUAGUAGCGCUGUGAAGCAGAAGCAAACCAAGAGUCGUAAUGGAUGCGUCACCUGUAAGACGAAGCGCCUCAAGUGUGGUGAAGAGAAGCCAGCAUGCGAACAAUGUAAGAAACGGAAGGUUGAGUGUGGAGGUUACAAGAAGGACUUCAAAUGGCGUCCCUUCGAAGAGACCAAUGUCAAGCUCAACAUAGACCGUCAGAUGCGAGUGUCGCCACCUCAGCGUCCAUCAGGAGAUUCGCCGAAACCAACAACGCCCGUGUCACCGGAGACUUCACCAACCGCGACUUCGCCCACUCAACCACAGGAACAGACUCGGGAAGACAGUGCUACGCGCAAGGACAGUAAGCGAACGAGCACGACUUUUGAUGAGCAUCGGGUUAUGCAGCUUGUCGAGCGACCUAUGAAAGCGAAGAGGAAGGCCAAAGCCAAGGUAGCUUCGCCGGUCCAUCGCCCAUCUUCACCUCUACAGAUUGCGUCUGUCCCGACGCCCGAACUCGAGGACACGCCCAAGCCCUCAUCUCCUGUACUGCGAAAAGAGUCGAGUGUCUCGCCUGAGCCGGCGACCAUCCCCAUCAGCUCUGCUAACGUUCCAGCUUCGCUACGGGCGACCUAUAUGCCUUCUGCUGGCCUAUCACCAACCUUGACCGAGAUUCUGCAUCCAUUCUCGGACGACGUACCGCCAGAUGAGGACUAUGUCAGCUUCGAAUUGCCGGAAGGACUAAAUCUUCCUUUUACACCAAGAGAGGUACCAGAUGAUCCAUCUCAAGAUGAGGACGUCACAGAAGAUGAAUUCGAAGACGUUUUCUGGAAUGGAGACUUUGAUGACGCCCUCACUUUUGGCAGAACAAACAGCUACUCACCCAGCCCGAUACUGACCCCAACCAAUAUGGCAACUCUGUGGCAAGGUCCAGUGACCUAUAUGUACAACCAGCCUUACUUUGCCCCUAACAGUCCAGAGAUGCUCACAUUUCGCUUCGACAGACUCACGUGCGGCAUCCUUUCUGUCAUGGACGGCCAAACCGAGAACCCCUGGCGCAACCUGAUCUGGCCUCUAGCGCAGGAGUCACCAGCACUUUAUCACGCGGUCAUGGCCAUGACAGCAUAUCAUUCAUCAACCGAUGUGCCCGCACUGCGUGUGUCAGGUCACGAGCACAAGCAAGCCAGCAUUCGCUACAUUCAGGAAGGCAUCAGAGAUAAUAGCAUGAACGACCAAACUGCCAUUGCCACAGCCCUUGCGUUGGGGUUCUCCGAAUCGUGGGACCAGCAUACAGCGUCGGGCAAUACCCACAUCAAAGGCGCACAGGCUCUGGUAAAACGUGCACUUUUCGAGCACCAGCACAGUCCUCUACAGGGCGUUGAGCUUGCGCGUCUGAAGUUCUUGUGCAACGCUUGGGUUUACAUGGAUGUCAUUGCCCGCUUGACAUCGGUCGACAGCGAUGAAUCGAACGAUUUUGACAACACUCUUCUCUUCGCCACCGAGGGUCCAAACAUGGUGAUGGGGAACAACGCUCUGUCAGGCUUCGGCAUCGAUUUUGGUAUGCCUGUCGAUGCACGACUCGAUCCGCUGAUGGGCUGCGCCAACACGCUCUUCCCCCUCAUCGGUCGUGUGGCGAACUUGGUCCGCAAAGUCUGCCGCUCACAAACGAAUAGUCCUGGUGUCAUCAGCGCGGCGCACGAUCUCAAACUCUCGCUCGAAACCUGGGAACCACCAGCCUUCAUUGAGGACCCAGAGGAUCCGACAUGUAAUGCGCAGCAUGCUUUGCAGACAGCCGAAGCGUAUCGGUGGGCAACGCUCUUGCAUCUGCACCAAUCUGUUCCCGAGCUGCCGAGUGAUACAUCACUUGAGCUGGCACAACGGGUACUGCAGUACUUGGCCACUGUUCCGCUGGCCAGUCGGACUGUCAUCGUGCAGAUCUACCCCUUAAUGGUGGCAGGCUGCGAAGCAAAGACUAUGGAAGAUAGGCAGUGGGUGCGUGAUCGCUGGACCGCCAUGGGUCAAAGGAUGCGGAUCGGUGUGAUUGACAAAUCUGCUACCGUCACCGAGGAGGUUUGGAGAAGGCGAGAUGCAUAUGAUGCUCAGCCACGAGAUAGAAGGAAAUUGGUCGCCACUGCGGAGCUCCAACCAGCAAGACAGAGAGGAGCGCCGCUCGUGAGGACUGAUACCGGGUUUCGGGACGCUGAUCCAGGCAAGACAGGAAUGGUGUUCAGCUACGUCGAAGCCGAUAGUGAAGGCGGUGGCAGUGGAGGCGGCAGUGGAGGAGGCGUAAGCUCGAUCCCAAGAGAUGAGCGCUUUCCUCCUCGACCGAAGGGACCGGACAAGAUCAUGGGACCUAUGGAUGCGGCGUAUACUGUUCGUGGCCAUCUACACUGGGUGGGUGUGAUGUGGGAUUGGGGUUGGGAGGUUCUUCUGGGCUGA